GCAGUGAUCUCGUUCGAGAUGGACAUUAUUGACAAAGGAAUAAUGACACAAUUCGACGAAACGAUGGAAACAUUGAAAGAGAAAGUUCUACAGUGGGAUAUCAGAAAAGAAGACAUCUGGAUAUGCAGCUAUCCAAAAACUGGCACCAAUUGGUUGUUGGAGCUAGUAUGGAUGUUGGUGAACGAUUUGGAUUACGAAAAAGCAUUGUCGAUUUCUAUGAACAAACGAUGUCCGUUUUUGGAAUGUGCGGCUGUGACUAAAUACCAAAUUAUGAAUUCAAAGUUAACCGAUCAUCCCCUGGAAUUUAUCGAUCCUCAAAAAUUUAUCGAGAUGAAUAAAGCUCCAGUGUCCAUAAAAACUCACUUACCAUGGACCUGCUUACCCAGUCAGAUUCAAAACGGCACCAAAAAAUCGAAGGUACUUUACAUGACCAGAAAUCCAUACGACACGUUAUUGUCACUGCACCACUACGUCACAUCCUACUUCAAUUACAGGGGAACCAUUGGAGAUUCAGUUAGAGAUUUUCUGUCGGGUGAAGGAAUAUGUUGCUACGGUUCUUAUUGGGACCACGUCAUAAGUUAUUGGCAACGUCGCAAGUUAUCGAAUCUUCUCAUCGUCAAAUACGAAGAUUUUCAUCGGGAUCUUCCGGAAAUGAUACGAAAAGUAUCGACAUUCCUUGAGAAACCUAUAACGGAAAAGGAACUAAUCAAAUUAGCGGAUCAUCUCAGUUUCGAGAAGAUGAAGACUAAUCCAUCCCUUAAGGUUAUGGACGAGAGGUAUUUUCAGCAGAAGGGCGCUUACUUUUACAGGUCCGGAAAAGUAGGUUCAUACAAAGAAGAACUCAGCAAAGAGCAAAUCGCCAGGCUGAAGAAUACAACUGAAGAGAAAUUUCGAUGUUUAGUAGAUUUUGAGACCGUUUAAUUAAAAAUUAAUGAGAGCAUCUUCACGAUUUUGUUCGCAGACAGGGUACGUGACGCAUAAAAAUGUCUAUUUUUAUACAAAAAUGCAGGUUACUGUGCGUAAAUCUGUGCAAUGCCACUAACGUAUUUGUUGUAUUUACCUCAUUUUCUAAAAAUAUCAGCAUUUUCAUUGCGGUGAAGAAACCUAUUUACACUAAUAGCGCACGAAGAACUAAGUUUUAUAAAAUUUUAGGUUUGCUCGGUAAUUUUUUUUCAUAGAAAAUUUACAAAUAUUUUGACGAAGAAUUGUCUCGGUAAAUUAUUUUUGAAAAUGAAAAAUACAAGAUGAAUCCCAAGAUAUAUGUACUGGAUUGUUAGUUUUAGGUCAAAAAUUAUAUUUUUUAAAUAAUUUGCCAUAAAAAGGCACACUUGUUAAAAAUCAGAAAACUUGCUAGUUUUAGAUUUAUUUGAGAUUCUAACAAGUAGUGCUGAGCUAACGAAUGUCAAGGAAUAAUCAUGGUUCCAGAAACAAGUAUAAAGAUAUUUGAGGUCCAAAUUUUAUUUAAAUUUUAAUUUAAUCUUAAACCGUUUCAGAAAUGAUAAAUGAAAAAUCGAUUUUUUUUAGAGUCCCUUUACAGAGUCGUAUCUUCGGAGUUUUCAGAACAUGUUUAUUAGUCAAAAUAACUUAUUUUUUUGCGCGGGAAAGUAGGGGAACGUUUUUUGAAACAACGCUCUGUAUAAAGUAUUAUUGUUUGACUGAGGUCACGCACUAAAAUACAAAAAUGACAUAGUUAAUGAUUUCGGAAAAACACGCAAAAUUUUCGAGAACCAAACCAAACCAAAUAUUUCAUUCAAUGCUUAAACUAUAAACUGGAACAAGAAGGUAUUUUAUUUGUACUUAAUUAAUUUUAUACCUUUGCGAAUCUAACAUUGGAUUUAAGGGAAUCUCUAGCUGGACGGAAACAAACUCAAAAUAAUUGUUGUUUUGUACAAUGCAAUUUUCAAACAUAGAAAACAUUGCAUAAUUUGUCACAACAUUCACUGCCUCUAGAUUAGAAAUUAAGAAUGUAAUGUGAAGUUUAGUUUUAAGCGAUGUAAUAAUAAUAAUUUAAUAAUAAUAAAAAGAUGUUGAAAUUCAACUGAAAAGAACUGUGAUUUGUGUCGUCCAUGAGAAAUAAAGA